AAACGCUAAAUUGGAAUUAUGAGAACGAUACUGCGAUUUUUUUAAACCGGUUAAAUUACAAAUUUAAAAACAAAACAUUGAAAAGGAUUUUUAAAGAUUUAGCGAUUAUAACAAAAAAUCAGAUAGUAAAAUUAAAAAUAUUUUUUGAAGUAAACUAAAAAUCAUUGUAACCACAAUUUUAUUUCUCAACAUGCCUAACAGAAACCCAGACAAGAAAGCAAUACAGUCGACGAAGUUCAAAUCAUAAAAUGUUCAACAUGUGGCUCACAAGUUUAGUCCUACUGACGGUUUACGUUCCGGAAACGACUUCCAGUAUCAAUUGCUUCCGCUGCUUCGCGUCCAUCGAUUCCAUCGAGAGCCAACAGAAUCAACCUCCGUUCGAGCUGGUUGUGAGCAUACUUGAUGUCAGUGUGAAUGGCACAAGCAGCAUUGAGCAGCAGACGACGUCAAGAAACGAAUCCGUUGGGCAAGUGUUGUUUGAAGUAUCUUAUAUCGAUGAACCACGCGGCGAGGUUUGCGCUUGGAGCUUGGAUCUGUUGGACGGGAGUUUUAGUAGUUACUUUAAUGAAUCAAACAGCAUCUCCCAUAUCGUCAAUCAUAUCGCAAACGCCUUGGUGAACUAUUUACGGAUCCACUGCUCGACUGAUAAUCAAUCGUGGACUGAUACAAUCAAAUUUAAUUGUCUAGAUAGGUUUAUUCUGUACCGGUUAUGCGAGAUUCAGAAGGAUUUGGAAGCGUCAUACCUGCGAGACGUGCUGGGCUCGCGUGUGAAACGUGAGGAACGUUCCAAGCGAUGUAGUCUGAACAAUCUGCUCUCGACCAACCGGAAGAUAUACGAAUUUGGGUUGGAGAACGAAUCGCUGGCCUCGCACUCGCAGACCAUCCUCAGCACCAUCUAUCUUGUGACCGACGUCAUCACUGAGUUUUACAACCGCAAGCUGGCACACUCUCGGAAAAGCAGCUUUUACCGUUCCGAGCCGGGACGUGAUGCCGAGGACACGGUAGUGCAAAAAAUCAGCUCCUCCAUCGAGAUAAUCCUGCUGCAAACUAUCAAGUAUCACAUUCUGCACAAGUUGGGUCUGCGAGAGCGACCGAACGUUACGCGGAUUGCCAAGAAUGAGUACGUGUUUGAAGCGCUGGACCGCGUCUACGGUAACAAGAUAAAUAUUGGCAACACUUACGCCGAGAAGCACUACUACAGCAAAUAUUUGCAAGCGAAUCUAUCAAAAGAUUUCUCAAAUUCCUUCGUCGACACGUUCUUCGAAGCGACUGACAUUGGCACCGGCGUCGGCAACGGCCUGGAGAAGCAGAACAAUUUCUUCCCCAAGAAAAUGAAGUAUAAGCAACCGCCACAUUCCAGCGACAGCGAGAAGCAAAACCUUUUCGGCGGUACCAAGAUUCUCUCAUUUGCGGAAAAAGAUUCACUGGAAAUGAUGCCUAAUUACCCGGCUUCGGCUGCCGAUCCCGAUGAUGCUAUGAGACGCGGGUUCGAUUCCCGCCUUAUCCACUGAGCUUCUAUCGGAUGGUGAAGUAAAACGUCGGUCCCGGUUUCUCCUGUCUCGUCAGAGGCGCUGGAGCAGAAAUCCCACGUUAGAGGAAGGCCAUGCCCCGGGGGGCGUAGUGCCAAUAGUUUCGUUUCGAUGCCUAAUUACGUAGACUGUCACAUCCAACCGCAUGGUACUCUGUUGCUUGUGGGGGUGGGGAGGUGGCAAAGGGGGUGGCACAAUUGCACGUGAGAAAAACGACAAAAAGGGUCACUUCCCUUCUCCUGGAUUCUCCUCACGGCACACAACCGACAUCGCCAGUGUCACGGUGACAUCGCGGAUGAGGACAGUUUAGCGUUUAGCGAUGUAGGGCUUGUUGUAGGGCAGCCAGCAACAUUCCAAGUGUUGCGCAUGCGUGUGUGCACGUUGCCCUCUGUACUCAAUUGAUUUUAUUCGCACACAUCCACCAGAGAUCCUCGUGGUCUGCAAGAGAUUUCUACUGCAUGCACUAUCCCUCUAGCCAUGGGUGGUUUCGCAAAGCAGGGGCAGGGGCUCUCAAACGGAGAUUUAAGCUGAAUUUCACAUGCAUUGCUUUAAAAAAUUGGCUAACUGUAAUCCUAGCAGCUCUCCGCUUGCCGAUAUCGGAGGAACCAUCUAGAAAUAGAA